AUGAAGUUACUUAAUGAAAAUAUAAAAUAUAUGGCUUUUAAAAAUGAAUUAAAAACACUUAUAAUAGACCAUCAGAGCGUUCUGAAGAUAUAUGAUGAAUUUUUAUCAAUAUUUCGACCAACAAUAUUACUGCAAGUUUUUGUUUUGUCGUAUACGAUCAUUUUUCUUUGCUUCAUUUUUAUGAUGAGUUUUAUGGAAGAAGAUAUUACUCAAUAUAUGGUAUUGACAUUGAUGAAAGCUGGUUUUUCAAUUCCUUCUUUUAUUUUUCAAAUGUAUAUGUCAUGUUUUUUAAUCAAUACAUUAGAAACUAAAAAAGAUUCAAUAACAUUUGGGUUGUAUAGCUCUAAUUGGACAGAAAUGGAUAUUAAAUUUCAAAAAUUGAUUUUGUUAACAAUGAGAAUGGCUAAUGCCCACCAGAAUAAAUUACAAUUUACAAGGACAAAAAUUAUUAACAUGGAAAUAUUUUAUCAAGUAUGUUUCAUAUCAUUACCUUCAUAUUUAUAA